GAUUCGGAUAACGAACUCAAAAGGAAGAUGAGCAGUGCUUCUUUUUACUCCACCGACGGUGGCGAGGAGGACGACGAAGAUGCCGAGGACGACGACGAUGAUCGGAAAGACGCACAUGUGGCGCUCGGCCCUCAAUUGGCUCUCAAGGAACAGCUUGAGAUGGACAAGGAUGAUGAAAGCCUGAGGAAAUGGAAAGAGCAGCUGCUUGCCGGCGUUGAUUUGUCUGAAGUUGGAGAGAAUCCAGAUCCAGAAGUGAAGAUCCAGAGUCUCACAAUCAUCACUCCUGAUAGACCAGACCUGGUUCUACCUAUCCCCUUCGUCCCAAAUGCGAAGGGCUAUGCAUUUACUCUUAAGGAUAGCAGUCGCUACCGACUCAAAUUCUCCUUCACUGUCUCAAAUAACAUUGUAUCAGGACUCCGGUACACGAACACUGUGUGGAAGACUGGAGUGAGAGUUGAGAACACAAAGGUGAUGCUGGGAACUUUCAGCCCUCAGAAGGAGCCAUACACCUAUGAGCUAGAAGAGGAUACCACCCCUUCUGGCAUAUUUGCAAGGGGAUCCUAUUCUGCUAAAACAAAGUUUGUGGAUGAUGAUGGUAAAUGUUAUUUGGAAAUGAGCUAUUACUUCGAGAUAAGAAAAGAUUGGUCAUAG